CCAGCCAAAAUUCCACCCUGCACAGCGAAGCCAGCGUUAACAACUUCACUGGGUAACAAAUACUUAAAAAUUAUAAUAAUUUCUCCUCUCCUCCGAUUCCUUCAUCUUGCAUUUUCUCCUCUGAAAUCCCUAAUCACAGAAUCAUCCUCCACUGUUAGAGCGUAUAGCCAACGCGACGAGGUUGUUUCAAACCAGACCGCUGAAGCGACUUCGUUCAGAGGCCAAUUUUUUCAUGGAGAGCUCUGAUGAUGAAAAGGAUGGAGUCUAUGGGAAUUAUGUUCCCAAAGAUCUGGCUCAUAAUCUGGCAUCAAAUGGUACUAAAUUUGUUGAUGAAGUACUAAAUGGGCAAAGUGGACGUUGUUUGGAAAAUUUUCGUAUGGAUAAGCCAGUAUUUUACAAAUUAUGUGAUAUUCUGCAAGGCAGGGGCUUGUUGCGUCAUACCAAUCGAAUCAAGAUUGAGGAGCAAUUAGCCAUUUUCAUGUUCAUAGUUGGCCAUAAUCUUCGCACUCGAGCUGUACAGGAGUUAUUCAGAUAUUCUGGGGAAACUAUUAGUCGCCAUUUCAACAAUGUUCUGAAUGCUAUUAUGGCAGUUUCAUUAGAAUUCUUUCAGCCUCCUGGGACUGAUGUUCCCUCAGAAAUCUCAGAGGAUCCUAGAUUUUAUCCUUAUUUUAAGGACUCUGUUGGAGCAGUUGAUGGCAUACACAUCCCAGUGACGGUGGGUGUUGAUGAGCAAGGACCUUUCCGCAACAAAAAUGGAUUACUUUCACAAAAUGUUCUGGCUGCUUGUUCAUUUGAUCUUAAGUUCCAUUACGUUCUAGCUGGCUGGGAAGGCUCAGCAUCAGAUCUGAGAGUUCUAAAUUCAGCACUUACAAGGCGCAACAAAUUGCAAGUUCCUGAAGGAAGAUACUACCUUGUGGACAGUAAGUAUGCAAAUAUGCCAGGCUUCAUUGCCCCGUACCAAGGUGCCCCAUAUCACUCAAAUGAACUUCACAGUGGUUAUCAUCCACAAGAUGCCAAGGAGUUAUUUAAUCAGCGGCACUCCUUGUUGCGAAAUGCAACUGAUCGAAUUUUUGGGGCUUUAAAGGAACGCUUCCCAAUUUUGAUGGCAGCUCCUCCAUACCCAUUACAAACACAGGUGAAAUUGGUAGUAGCUGCAUGUGCAUUACACAACUUCAUCCGUAGGGAAAAACCAGAUGAUUUGCUUUUUAAAAUGUAUGAACAGGAAACUGUAAUACAAAUGGAAGAGUCAUUGCCCCCAUUAGAGGUGGAGCAGCCAAUGACUUAUGUCAAUACCCAUGAUCUGGAUAUUGCUUUUGAUUCAAAACAACUAGAGGUUAGUUUGCAGUUGCGGGACUCUAUUGCAACUGAAAUGUGGGAUGACUACAUCCGUGAUUUGUCAUCAGCAAUGUAGAUCGGAUCAUUCUUGCUCUAGUUUUAGGUUGGGCUUAUAAUUUUUUGUUACAUAUCAUAUCAACAAUCAUAUAGAAUGUGGCUUCUUUGGAGUUGUACAUUGGAGUUUCUUAUACAAAAGAAAUAUAUUGGUGGUUAUAUU